GACAGACCUUUAGAAAAGCAGAUAGAGAGGGAACGAAAGCAACGGCCCUCUUUAGGAGGGGGGGCUUAUUAUAACAAAUAUAUACACACAUGUGUGAACAGUUUGGCCGCAUGAUAGGUCAUAUGUGGAUAACAGUUACUUUAGAAAAGCAUUAAACCGCGGCUGUACAUUUAAAAUGCCUAUUUUAGUUUUCCUGUUAGACACGUCCGCCUCUAUGAAUCAGCGCACUUAUUUGGGUACGACGUAUCUGGACGUUGCUAAAGGCGCGGUUGAGGUCUUUAUGAAGGUAAAGAUUGAUUUUACCCCGAAUUUUUCAGGAAGAAUGCACCGUUGGAGAGCAUAGGAUUCCUUGGACACAAUUGGUCGAAAUUAAUAUAUGUUGUUUUGGUUUUCUUUUUUGACAGCUGCGUGCCCGAGACCCGGCUAGUAGAGGCGACAGGUACAUGCUAGUUACAUUCGAUGAUCCACCAUACGGAGUGAAGGUAAUCAGCAACUGAUACAUUUUUUACAUAUGACAAAGCGGACGUAUUUUUUCUGUUAGUAAGGUUUUAUUGUCCUUCUGGUUUGUAGUCAGAGUCGGGCGGCUUCCCGGUGGCGAAAACGGCAUUAUUUUGCUCCAAAUACCCGCAGACCCGGAGCUGCACUGCCUCCGACCAUCCAGCGGACAUUUUGCUUUUGUGUUGAGAAAAGUCUCGGGCGUUGAGAUGGAGGCGGAGAGAUUUAUUAUCGUGUAUGACGUCGCCGUUUUUUGUGAAAGUAGAGCGUCCAGAUUGGUCAAAGAACCUGUCAGUCAUACCCUCCUCCCCCUGUUCUCUCAUCCAUGCAGUACCAUUGGCCAGUCUCAGCUAAAAGUUGAUAAACCCUUUUCAUCAUGAGUGGGUUUUUUUUCUGACUUACUGAGUUCGCUUGAAGACAUUUAUUCAUAUGAUCAACCAAAUGAUAAUUACUUGACAUACCGACACUUUGGACAUUAUGACCUGCAGUCCAAGAGAUUUAUUACCAACGACUUACACCCAAGCAAAAGCAUACAACCUAUACAGUAUAAAUCACUGCAAGAAUUUCAAUGGUAUCAUGUCAGCAAAGAUACCUUCCACAUUUACUUAAAGAUUUGUGUUACGACCUGGCAUACAUGUCACUGAGAUUUACAUGCACAGUUGAAUUUCAAAGUUAGCGCCUGCAUAAACCACUGGAGUCCUUGAUGUGUUUCAAGGCUUGUCUUUGUCAGGGGUCUUAGUUUUGCCAAGUUUGUCCACAAACAAACACUGCUUCUCCCCUCAAAAUAGGACAGUACAUACUUAUGUCCUGUUGUUGCUGGAGACAUUUAAUGGAUCCCUUUCCCUGUGGGAUCUUAAUUUGCAUGCAUGAUACCCAAACUGCAGCGCUAGAGCUGUAUGAAAACGUAUUAAGACAUCUUUUUGAUAGUAGGAGCAGUUACAGGUUGGAUGAUACAUUAAAGUAUUGAGUUUUUUUUUUCAUCUGUUUGAGUACACGGUUACUUAGUGCUAAUCUUUGUCUCUGCCCAACAACUAUCAGGCUCCGUCCGUCUCUUUUCUAACCUCCACAAGCUCCCCUUCAAGCUCAUUGUUUGGUAAAUUUAUUGUCUUCCUGUAGGCAUGCACGCAAGACUGGAGUUCUGACUUGAUAUCAUAAGCAGAUGCUGUAAUUUAUAUGAUGUAGUUACCACUGGAAGUCAAGAUCAUUGCUUCAUGCCUCCCACUGAAACAGCCCCCCUUAUUAGACCGUAGCCAGAUGGCCCAACAUGUAAUUCAUCUCACAUUGAAUCAUCAAGGUGCUGUCGUCUGGAGUGCUUUUUCCUUGUUCGUCUGUCCUCAGCUCUUCUUCCUCCUGCUCUUCCUCUCUUUGCCUGUUCCUUUGUUGUUCCUGCCCGCUUUGUGCAUGAAGGAUUAUGAUGAAAGGACAAGGUUGUACUGAAUGGGGCUACUCUGAUUGCACAGUUACAGAUGCAAUAAAUUGUUGAUGUAGAAGGAAAGAGAGGAGGUUUGGGUGAGAAGAAAAUAGGAAUGUUCUGAAGUUUGAAUUAUUGAGCACGAGCUGAGCCCUACUGGCUUAUAUGAGUGUCUGUGUCGGAGUUGUUACUUUGCCAUUAGCCCUGUGAAUGUGUUUCCCUCUUCUGUUUUGCUGCCGCUGCUCUUUGAUGUUGCUUCUAUCAAGUUGUCCUGAUCGUCAAAUCUCUCUCUCUCGUAACACCAGGUGCAUUUAUAGCAUAUAUACGUCCACCCUCUCUCUUUUUUCUGUCUCCCUCUGUCUGUCUUUAGCCUUUCUCCUCCCUCCCCCGAUAAAGGAAGUGGUAAGCUUACAGGUCAUCCUUAGAUUAGGCAUGAAGCUGCAGCAGUAAGGUACUUGACCCCGCAGGAGAAGAGUCCAUGAGCAGUUACACGCCCACAUCCUCUCCAGUGGGAGUGUAAGUCUGCUACAGAGGACAUGCAGCAGUGGGAAAUUUAUUUCUGGAUGCUUUUCAUGGAUGAAUUUAGAGUCUUUCUUUAACAGCAACAGCCAUGUGGGCCUGCUUUUUAACAAUGUUAUCUUCUGUUUCCAGAGCUUGGCAUAAACUGAUUUUAUUUAGUGGUGACUAUGAUGUCUCCUUGCUCUGAAUCAGUGGGUUUUAAAGAUUACAAUGCCCUCCACGAUAGGUAGCAGUUGUUCAAAACUUGUUCUGUUCUUCAUUCUAAUGACACAGUGUGGGGAUCUGUGGGUGGGGAUCUAUUUUGGCUUGCGGCUGCCCUCCAUGCACUGUGACUAUGGGCCUCCUCUGCUCCCGUGUUUUAUAGCUGUUUGCUAUGCUGUGCAUUCACCACACUCUCUGUAAUGUAUGUAUUUCAGGCAGGCUGGAAAGAGAACCACGCCACCUUCAUGUGCGAGCUGAAGAACCUCCAGGCGUCAGGGCUGACUACACUGGGCCACGCUCUCCGCACAGCCUUUGACCUGCUUAACCUAAACCGCCUCGUCUCAGGCAUCGACAACUAUGGGCAGGUAUUUGAUGACAAAAUCCACGUAUGCAUUUCUUUGACAGCAGCUCAAAAUUCACUCAUCUAAAAGUGUUAAUCUUUGAUAUCAGGUGCUUAUUUCAGGGCCUCUACACUCAUAUUCACAACAUAGUAUACCAAUUUUGAUCACCAUUUAGGGAUGAAUAAGUUAGUACAAGUUAAUGUCACACUGAUUUUUAAUUUUGUGUACGCAAGGUGACCUGCAGACUCCUUCUGAUUGUCUUGUAAUAUGUACUUUGUUUUUCUCAUGGCAGUAAGCAAGUAAGGCUGUGAACAGAGUUUAAUGUGUUUUUAAAAAUAUUCAGAGUUACAAGUCAGUAGGACCUAAAAUACAGACACUGAUUGUGGUCCGGACAAAGAAGAAAUUAUAGAUGUUAUUGGGGGAAUAAAGUGCCUACGGGCGCAGCUUACUUAAGCUUAUAAACCAAGAUAAAAAUGUUGUUGUAAAAAGCAACAAGUAAUAGCUUUCCUGAUAUGGCAGCAGCAUUCCGUAUAUGUGGACUUCCCCUGGAGAGAUAAAGGUUUAAACAAUGAUUUGAACAAAGCUUUCAGCUGGUAAUUUUUUAUUCCUCUAACCGGAGACAAAGAAAAAAAGUAUUGACUUUUGAUUGGAGCUUAUUCCAUUCUGCCCUGCCUCAGUGAGCACAGUCAUCAGCUCCUCACUCACAUUUUUCCACCAAACCCCCCUCUUGAAGGCAGGAAUAAAUUACUACUCUCAAGUACUGAUACAAGUUCAGAGCAUGGGGAGGGGCGUGUUAAUCUACUUAGACAUUCUCUGAGUGUUUGACUUAGACAAGUCUGACCCCUGCAGCACAGUGGUAAAGACCUCUAUCCUGGACAGCUAACACAAGGACACUUGCAACUACACAUUUAGUUCAACCACAAGGCUGCAGCAUGCUCUUCUUUUAAAUGUGUGGGUCGGGAGGUCGGAAGUCUAAUGCAAGUUACUGUUUUGAGUCAGAAAGGAAGAACAGGGCAAUGAGAAGAAACAAGGUCACUGUUUACCUAAACCACGAUUGAAUUGCUUCAUGCUACUUGUUCUCCAUCAGGGCCGCAACCCCUUCUUCCUCGAGCCAUCUGUGAUCAUCACUAUCACUGAUGGGAACAAGCUUACACACAGCUCUGGGGUGCCAGAUGAGGUGAGAGUGCAGACACAUUCAGUCAAGCUACUGUGGACUUGUUUGAAAACCAGCUAAGACUUUGUAAUGAUUUCAAGUAUUUGUGAAAUGGUGCAAAUAGGGAGCUGCAACAGAUGAAACAAAUAAAGUUCUUAAAUGAUAAUUGUGGUCUGUCUUCUGUCCAGCUGCACCUGCCCCUGAACUCUCCACUGGCAGGCAGUGAGCUGACCAAAGAGCCCUUUCGCUGGGACCAGCGUCUGUUUGCGUUGGUGCUGAGGCUUCCAGGAGCAGCCACACCAGACACCGAGCAGCUCGGCAGCGUCCCCACAGAUGAAUCUGCCAUCACUCAGAUGUGUGAAGUAACUGGAGGUUUGGCAUUUUCCUUUUUUGGGAACCAACUUCCAUCGUCAUUCUUUGAAGUGAAACACAUGAUAGCAUGCCUCCUGUUCUGUCUCAGGGCGAUCGUACUGUGUGCGGACACAGAGGAUGUUAAACCAGUGUCUGGAGUCUCUGGUCCAAAAAGUUCAAAGUGGAGUUGUCCUUAAUUUUGAGAAGACGGGGCCAGAUCCACCUCUUGUUGGGGAAGGUGAGUUACUGAAUGAACACAGAGCAAACAUUUGACCUUUGUACAAAUGUUAUAGACACAUUUUUAAAUGUUUGACUGUGGAGGUUCACAAAGUUUGGCUCACAUGGAGAUGCUCUGUAAGGGAGUGUACAGGAAGGAAAUCUGUCAUCAUGGACAAAAAAAAUACAUGGCUGAUCAAACAAUUCUUUCACCUGAUCAUUAGGCUGAGAAGAUUUUUCUCCUUUUCUGUUUUUUGUGCAGAAAACUCCGUGGAGUCAAGUCGUCCUGUAUCAUCCUUCAGCCCACAGGCGUGGCACAGUUGCCACAAACUCAUCUAUGUGCGACCAAACCCAAAGACAGGAGUUCCAGUCGGGCAUUGGCCCAUACCAGAGUCCUUCUGGCCGGACCAGAAUUCUCCUACCCUGGUGAGCAGAAAAUGGCUGAAAAUGAUCCGAGCCGCAGCUUUGGUCUUUGGGUUACCACGCCAGAGAUGGAAGUUGGAAACAGGUUUUCAACAGGUUUUCAUGAUAAGCCUUUAAGUCUGUGUAUAGACACAAUGAAGGAAUACUCCAGCCUAUUUUAGACAUUAAACAGUUGAUCCCCUGCGAUGCAGAGUGCCUAUGUGUGUGUUCAUAGAUGCAGAUCUCAGAGGCACAUGUUCUGGAAACUGUCACUUCUUUUUUAUGGGCAGUCCCCUCUCUCUCUUUGUCUCGCUUUCUCUCUCACAAGUCAGUAACUUUGAACUACAGCCAUAAUAGCCAAGUGUCUAAUUAUCUUAUCAUGUUUUAAAACCUUGAAUGAAUAUAUGUACCAAGCGGUUGACUUUUAUUCAUUUUCUGUUCAUAGCCACCUCGCUCUGCACAUCCUGUGGUGCGUUUCUCCUGCGUAGACUGUGAGCCCAUGGUGAUUGACAAGCUUCCCUUCGACAAGUAUGAACUGGAGCCGUCCCCGCUCACCCAGUACAUCUUGGAAAGGAAGUCUCCACACAUAUGCUGGCAGGUAUGGCAGAUACUCACUCAUCCAGAUCCACCCAUCUGCUGUCACUGGGACUGCCUCAAGGACUUUCUCUACAAUCCAGAAAUAAGAAAGCGCCUCACUUUAGGAUAGCUUUUUAGCCUUCUCUGUGACAAGACUCGUGCAUGAUCUUUGAUUAUUAAUCAUGCAUCAGUAAAUCUUUUCUAAAAAAAGACUUGUGAUGUUUUUUUUUUAUCCACAGGUGUUUGUCAGCAGCAGUGCAAAGCAAAAUGACCUUGGGCAACCUUUUGGCUACCUAAAAGCCAGCACCACUCUCACCUGUGUCAACCUGUUUGUCAUGCCUUACAACUACCCAGUCCUUCUUCCACUUCUUGGUAAGAUAUAAGGCAAAAAACUGUAUCUUAAAAUGGUUUCAAACUUCUAGUUCAGUAGGUCUGCACUGGUGUUAAAUUUAAAAAGUCAUCCUCUAGUGGGUCACCCCAUACUUCAAUCCAGUGCGUCUUUAACAGCGCUGUGUGACAAGCACUUGGUUUAUAGAAGUGUAAUACCCUUUUUGUGUCCAUCCAGAUGACUUGUUUAAAGUGCACAAGCUAAAACCAAACCUCAAGUGGCGACAAGCUUUCGAGAUGUAUCUGAAGACCAUGCCUCCAUACUACCUCUUGGUAAGCUGUACAUUUUCCAGUGCAUGAGUGUUGAGCGGUGUAUCAUUCUUGCAUAAAACUAACACCAACUGCAUUCCCUUGCUAUCUUUGAACAGCCCUUAAAGAAAGCGUUGAGGAUGAUGGGGGCACCUAAUCUCAUUGCAGACACCAUGGACUGUGGCCUGAGUUACAGUGUUAUCUCUUAUCUGAAGAAGCUCAGCCAGCAGGUAGGUAGGGCCCAUGAAACGGGGUUUCCUUAGCAACAUUUUCAAGCAAUAGGAACAUCGUAACAGGAGUUUGGAGACACUAGCCAAUCAACUGGUGCAGAAACACAGACACAAGUCAAAGCUAGUUGUCAAAGGAGUGUAUUUGCAUACAUCUGUGCACCCAUGGAUGAGUUGGCUUGAGGUCAGGAUGAUGAGCCAUGCUCUGUCACGUGUGUACUGUCUUUUAUGUGCUAAUUUGAUCAGAGGUCCAAACAAAACUCUAAGUGUUCCUGAUGAUCAUGUCAUCAAAGAUUCAGACAGGCUGUUGCAUUUACACAUGCAGGAAAACAUUUAGCUUACGAUCCAGCAAAUAGAUAAUUACCACAGAAUAAUGCUAAAAAAUAACCUCUUUGUCUCUGUGCUUCAAACUUAUUCCUCAUCUUACAACAGUCUUACACUUGUAGACUGAUACAUCUGAGCCAGCAGUGGUAAAAUGUGUUUCUUUCCCACAUUUGUUGCCAUUUAGGCAAAGAUCGAAUCUGAUCGCCUGAUUGUAUCUGUGGGGAAGAAAGCUCCCCAAGAAACUGGCAUAAAGGUGAGGAACCACUCCAGCUCUCUUUCUCUGGCCCACCGCCGGGAUUUCAAGCAGUUGUUGCAAGGAAUCAGCGGAGAGGGGCCCCUACGCCUGGCGGACAUCAACUUCAAAGAGUUUGCUGGCUUCCAGAUCGCCUUACUCAACAAGGUAGAUUUAAGGCAGAGAGUGCACUUGUGAAAAAAGCUUGACAUGCUUGUUGUUGGUAGAAAAGAUACAACAAAUGUAUGACUAAGUAUGUUGAUGCAUUUACAGGAUGUGAAACCUCAGGCUUAUCGCAACGCCUACGACAUCCCAAGACGAAACCUUUUGGAUCAACUCACCCGGAUGCGCUCUAAUUUGCUACGAACGUCCCAAAAACUCAUCAGAGGGCAAGAUGAAGGUAUUAACUGUUAACUAUUAACUUGGCAAAUCUCAAGAGUUGAAGCCCGAAUGCUUCAGAUCAGAUGAAAGAGCAGCAUUUCAAAGUCAAAGAAGAGAAACAGUUUUACAUAACCUUGCAGUAUCAGAAUAUUCAUGUAUGAUUUUCCACUACUACUUAAAGUAUUUUUUACUUUAAUGCAAAUUCAGCAACAAUUUUUGAGGGUUUCACAAUGAGAUAUGCAUGAUUCAAACCAGCCGUUUGAUAAACAUAAGAGAAAAAAUAACUUACUAAUGCUUCAGCACUUCCCUGUGGUUGUCAGACUAUCUACACAGUAUCCCGGUGGCUCAGAUGGGAAACUAUCAGGAGUACCUCAAAAUGAUGCCAUCUCCACUCAGAGAGAUCGACCCUGACCAGCCUAAACGCCUGCAUACGUUUGGAAACCCUUUCAAGCAGGAUAAGAAGGUAAACAGGCGGUAACACAGAGCACUGGUUGGCAUCCUUGAUAAAUGUGCCGUGAGCUCCUCUCUUACAGUCUGGUUUCCUGUCUUCAUCUUAGGGGAUGAUGAUCGAUGAGGCUGACGAGUUUGUAGCAGGCCCUCAAAAUAAGAAAAGAGGAAACUCUGGCGAUUCCAACUCAGGUGUAACCAUGAAGAGGAGACGGAGUAUGUCCCCGUUACUACGGCGACCACAGACGCCGCCUGGAAGCACAAACAACAUGGUAGUGGGGAAGAGUCCAGUAGCAGUUUCAGGGCAGCAGAACCUCCUUAAACCCAUCCCACAGCACAAAGGUAGGAUCAAGAUUUACUCAGAUCAUAAGAGUCACACUGUGUGUGUUGAUUAUGGGAUACCAAACACAAACACAAUCAAGGCAUGAUGACUGGAGAAUCAAAAUGUUACACAGAUUGAACAGCAUAGAGGUUUGAACUAUUGAUUUGUGUGCCACAGGAGUGGAUGGCAACAACAUAGGGGACAUCGAGACUAACGGUAACGGGGCUCUUGGCUCUGAACCAGGGGAGAUUUGGCCCUCUGAGAUGGACUCUAUAACGGAGAACCCAUCUUCACUGAGCCCUGAAGAAAAAGCCGAGUUAUGUGCAGCAGAUGGAGGAGAGGACAGUAACAUGAUGGAAGAGAGACUAAUGGAAGAUCCACUAGAUGAGCAGCCAUCAGAGGAGAAACACAACUAUGACAGACUGAGUCCACAGAGUCAAUUAGAGGACCCUGAAGAUAAUCCUCCAGAGCUGGAGACCAUAUUCAUAGCUCCGCUAGAUGGCUGCCAGGCAGAAUUGAGAAGCCGGGUCAUCAAGGAAGUCCGCAAACCUGGGCGAAGUGAGUACGAAAUCAUUCUGCUUUCCUGCAAACCUGCUAAUUUCAGUUUCAUACUGGGGGUAACUGGCUGUUUGUUAACUCUGUCGCUGUUUUUCAUCAGACUAUGAGGCAAUACUCGGACUACUGCAGCAGGUUAAAGGACCCGUUAACGUCCGCAAGUACUUCAUCCAGCAUGCUAUCAGAGAGGCUGUCAGGUAAGAAACAAUAACACUCUUCAGGCCAGGCUUAUGAGAGGAGCUUUUUACCCUGUUCUUAACACUGAGCAUGCCUGUCAGACAUUCAGCCCCAGAGUCACAUUAUAUUUCAGAUCUGGUCUAUUUGGAGUGCUGUAUUUGUUUUUCUUCUCUGGCAGGUUCAAGAAGCGAGUGCUGAUCCAGCAGCUGGAGAGGGCCCUCACAGAGGUGGAGGAAAAGGAAACCGCGUCCUCACAGCUUCUCAACGAUCAUGGCAGUUUAUAAUGAAGCGAGUUUUGUUUUCUAACCAGGAAAGUGAAUGAAGCUCCUCUUCUCUGACACGUUUUUGUUGAGCAACGGACUCACCGCCGUCAAACACGUUGUUUUUAAAUGGUCAUGAGGAAGAACGAGGGUACUGAAAUGUCCUGACAGAAGAAGCUCCGGCUGUCUCUGUGUUGUGACAUACCAUCCAGUUAGAGGUGGGAGGUCAGGGGUCUAACUGGAGGAGGCCUAAAGGUCAGAUGAAAAGACUAUAAACAUAAUUCUGUUGGCAGAUGCCUUAAACAUCUAGAUGGCUUUUGUCUAUAUCAGCACAUGGCUCAGAAAACACACACUCCACUGAAGAGACCCAAAUAAGUAGCGAGAUCCAGAGGUGACAUUCCUGUUAUUGUUACUUUUUUAUCAUAGCAGAUCUUUCUUCAGCUGGUCUGGACAAAGGUUUGUUAGACUGACUGAAACCAUUUUUAUAAGUAUUGAAACAUUUGAGUGGCUGAGAUAGAAAGAAAGAUUCUGAGCGUACGGAUAUAUUUUAAUUUCCUGUUGUAGUUGAAACAUUCUUUAUCUCAAUAUACCUGAAAAGUUAAAGGUCAAAUAAAGACCUGUCAAAUAAUAAUUAAAAAGUAAUAAACAGUUUAACUGAUCUGGUCAAUAAAACAACUGUCAAAUGCAGAAACUAAUCCACAUCUGUAUAUUCUCUCUAACUAGCAUAGAAACUAUGGAGCAGACAGUGUGGCAGAGUCUGAAAACUCCUCUCCAACCCUCCCAGACUAUAAAAAAGGACCGACUUCAUCAAAGUCUGUCUUGGUCUCAUUUGCUGUGAAAUGGCCAUUGUGUGUUUCGACACACAUUCAAGUCAUUCUUAAAGCUGCAAAUGAUCAACAUAAACAGCAACACCAAACUGUUUUGGGCUGUCAUCGAUACCGUCUUGUUGAACGGUUGUUUACUGGUUUCCUGGGUGAGCAUCAGCAUCCUCCUACCUGCUAUUACAGCAGUAGAGAAAGAGUCCAGUGAAUGUAGCUCUUGGUGUCUACGCAGAUUUUUCCCCUGAAACACACUAACACACAUGCAAAUAUGCAGACUUGUGAAAUCCCCCUCCAGAGCAUUACAAACACUCCAUUGAUUUCCAGAGAUAUGACUUUAUUGGGAGGAAUUUCAGAACCCGCCUCAGUUGACAGUCACCUGCUGGGAAUCUGCCCUCUGCUGCUUUUUACAUAAACACAAGUUUAUGUAAAAAGUCUUGUUGUUUAUCUUGUUUUUACGACAGAUGUACACUACUUUUUAAUGUUCAUAAGGAAUAUAGAUUAUUUUUGUGAAUUUGUUUAUUUCAGAGUGUAAGACAUAUUUUGUAUGAGAUGUUUAAAGCCAAUUUUGUAAACUGUCAAAUACUUAUAUGAAAAAACAACUUCUCUUUCUAUAAAACAAAAAAUAAACCUCAGGUAGAACGGUCA